AUGUCUUCAUCUGCUGUUCCAGGAGGUCCCAAGUCCACUCUUAAGAGACGCGCCAACCAAGAAAGACAAGCUGCUGCUGCUAACGAGCGACCGACAUCCACUCGCUCUGCUGGUGCUGGCGGUUCUUCCAGCACCAUGCUCAAGCUCUACACUGACGAGGCUUCAGGUCUCCGAGUCGAUCCCAUGGUCGUCAUGGUCAUGGCUCUGGGUUUCAUCUUUUCGGUUGUUGCUCUGCAUGUCAUUGCCAAGCUCUCCAACAAGUUCUUUUCUAGCUAA